AUCCCUAGCGUUCAGCGAAAAUGGUUCGUCAAUGGCCUGGCGUUCAGUAAAAUUUGACAUCACGUAUAUGAAAAAAAAACACUGAAAGUGCAUAGCCGUGUAGUUAGGUGCGCAAAUGGUGGAAUGUUGAAAGAAACAAUGCUAUUUCCCCUCCCCCAAUGUGCAGAAAACUCGAUUUCUGUAGUUGGGCAGUUGCAAAUGCAAAUCACAAAUUUCCCAGCAUAGAAUAUGUAGUGCAGUGACAAGCAAGUGCAGGGCAGGCGUGUACGUGAAAUAUGCAUAUAAGCGAGAAAUUGUUCAAGGAGGUUCCGUUUGAAGCGUCGAAUUACGCUUUUACUGUGGAAGAAAAAGCCAUCAUCAUCGCUUAUCAGCGUCGUUGAAAGAUAUACUAGCUUGACAUUGUAUAUCUUAUUCAACACUUUGAAUCAUUAACUAACCCGUCACGUAUCAACUACAACGUGUUUCGUUCAUUGAAUUUCUUCAUUUAUUCGCAACAAACGAAACAUCAUGAACGACAAAAAAUACAAGCCGAAGAACAGUUCGAACAAGGUGAAAGAUGACUCUUUCAAUGGUCACUUUUCACAAAUCGAUACUUCUGAAACGUAUCUGCUGAAGAUAAAAACGUGGAGUCCGGGGAAAAAGUCACAGUGCUUCGUCACACUUUACCGUCACACGAAAAGCAAUAUGUCUACAAUUCAACGAAACUCAAAUUCAUUGCGAAAGCGUUUAUCUUGCUCUCACAACUCAUUGACUGAUUCAAUCAAAAACAAAGCAGAUGAUUCUAUAUUUAUAACGCAAGCGAUGUCCCACGAUGCAUUAGAUGACAACAAAAUUCUUGACUUUUACAACGUUCCUAUUGAUUCCGACAUCUAUACAACGCCAAUUGAUUUGAUCAGGAACACUUACAAUGCUGAAACGUCUUUAUAUAAAAACCAGAACGAUGCAUCGCAGAGGAACAGCUGGAAUAAUUUACUAAACUGCAGAGAACAGUUGACUGCCAUCAAUGGACGUAAAAGCAGUAAAUCGAAGAUUAUCAUCGACAGAAAGUCAUCCAAAGUCCUAGAGAAACACUCAAGUGAUAAAACAGAUUGCAAACGUAAUUCUAUUCCUCAUGAGAUACGUAGUACGCAGUGCAAGAAAUCUAACUUUUCCGUAAAUUUGAAGCAAAAGUUUUGUAACAUAUUUCGAGUGAGCCGCCAGCAGCAUCAUAAGCCGUUUCUUAGCAAUAAGCGAUCGAUUAUUUCCACCAGGAAAGAAAAUGAAGUGUGCAACAAGGAGAAAAAUGAUUGUACAGUUGGCAAAAAAUUAACUACACCUCGGAAGUUGCCACCGCUUCCUUCCAAUGACACUGACCUCAAGUACCUAAUGGGAGACACCAGUGAACAGAACAAGAAGUCAGAUGAGGGAAAAUCGUCCAUGGACUUUACAGCAAGCAUAGAAAAAGUGCAAGAGUUUGGUUGGUACUGGGGUCCAAUAACUUCGGAAGGAGCAGAGAAGAUACUUUCUAAUGAACCGGAUGGUAGUUUUCUAGUCAGAGAUAGCUCCGAUGACCACUAUAUAUUUUCUCUGACGUUUAAGCUAAAUGGAACGGUGCGUCACGUACGAAUAGAUCAGGAUCAAGGAUCUUUUUCAUUCGGAUCUUGUGCUAAGUUUAAGUCGCGAACAAUAAUGGAGUUCAUAGAAAAUGCUGUUGAGCAUUCCAGAAGUGGGAGAUAUUUAUUCUUUCUACAUAGGCGUCCAGAGUAUGGUCCUAUGCGUGUUCAAUUAACCAAACCGGUGUCGCGUUUCAAGCACGUUCAAAGCUUACAGCAUAUAUGCAGAUUUGUUAUACAUAAAACAAUCAAGCGAAAAGAUCUUAUACAGGCUCUUCCACUACCUAGAAGAGUGCUCGAUUAUUUAAGCUAUAAGAACUGUCUUUCAGAACGCACUGAGGCGGACACGGUAUGCAGUCUGGAUAAACCAAAUAUUGUACUACGUUAGGUUGGCUAAUGUGCAACUCCCUUUUCUGAUAUUAAAUAUAAAACUGAAUUAAAGAAAGUAA